GCGAUGGCCGGCGGGGAGCAGCGCGCGCCCGGCGGCGCCGAGCGGGUGGCGCUGAAGAAGGAGAUCGGGCUGGUGAGCGCCUGUGCCAUCAUCAUCGGCAAUAUCAUUGGUUCUGGGAUCUUUAUUUCACCGAAGGGAGUUUUGGAGCACGCCGGCUCGGUGGGACUGGCUCUCGUUAUUUGGGUGCUUGGUGGUGGUGUGGCUGCCCUGGGCUCGCUGUGCUACGCUGAACUGGGAGUCACCAUCCCCAAGUCAGGAGGGGAUUAUUCCUAUGUCACAGAGAUUUUUGGUGGGUUAGCUGGGUUUCUGCUGCUGUGGAGCGCAGUGCUUAUCAUGUACCCAACUAGUCUGGCUGUCAUUGCCCUGACCUUCUCAAACUACGUCCUGCAGCCCAUCUUCCCCGACUGUAUCCCCCCCUAUAAUGCCUCUAGGAUCCUCUCCAUGGUGUGUUUACUCCUCCUGACCUGGGUGAACAGCUCCAGUGUGCGAUGGGCAACGCGCAUUCAGGAUAUAUUUACGGCAGGAAAACUCUUAGCCCUGACUCUUAUCAUUAUUGUGGGCUUCAUGCAGAUCUUUAAAGGAAACUACAAAGAGCUGACCCCAAGCAGUGCGUUCAGAUUUUGGAUGACUCCAUCCGUGGGGCAUUUAGCAUUAGCUUUUCUUCAAGGGUCCUUUGCAUUCAGCGGCUGGAACUUCUUGAACUAUGUAACAGAAGAGCUGGUUGAUCCCCGCAGGAACCUACCUCGUGCCAUAUUCAUAUCCAUCCCAUUGGUGACAUUUGUGUAUACGUUCACCAACAUUGCAUAUUUCACUGCCAUGUCACCCCAAGAGCUCUUGUCCUCCAACGCUGUGGCGGUAACAUUUGGUGAAAAGUUACUGGGCUAUUUUUCCUGGGUUAUGCCAGUCUCAGUGGCCCUAUCUACAUUUGGAGGAAUAAAUGGAUACCUUUUUACCUCAUCAAGGUUAUGUUUCUCCGGUGCUCGAGAAGGCCAUUUGCCAAGUUUGCUGGCCAUGAUCCACGUCGAGCACUGCACACCCAUCCCUGCCCUUCUCGUCUGUUGUUUGGCCACACUUAUCAUCAUGCUUGUUGGAGACACAUACACGCUAAUCAACUACGUGUCAUUUAUUAACUACCUCUGCUAUGGAGUGACAAUUAUAGGCCUGAUUGUUUUACGCUGGAAGAAACCCAAAAUCUUCAGACCUAUCAAGGUGAACCUCCUCAUCCCCAUCACUUACCUGGCGUUUUGGGCAUUUCUGCUGAUCUUCAGCUUAUACUCUGAGCCGAUCGUCUGUGGGGUUGGACUAAUUAUCAUUUUUACUGGAGUGCCAGUGUUCUUCCUUGGAGUCUACUGGAGAAAUAAACCAAAGUGUGUAAAUAGGCUAAUAGAGUCCAUGACAUGCUGGGGGCAGAAGCUGUGUUUUGUGGUGUACCCUCAGUGUGGAAGUGCCGAGGAGGAGGCCUCCUCAGCCCACUCCUGGUGGCUGGCGAACGAGACAGCAGUGAGGAAAUAACAGCGUGGCCUUUCCGGCUGAAGUAGCUUCUUGUUUACAUGCUGAUUUUUGAAAAAAGUUUUUCUGGAAAAAAAAUAAAUUGUUUUAGAGCACCAAUAGUGAAGCCCAUUAAGUGAG